AUGUCUAACAACCAAGCAUCCCAGAACGCCGCGGUCGCUACCAAGGAUGAUGCCGCAUCCAUCAUGUCAUCCUCAACUGCCGCCAGCACCACCAAGCCUCACAAGGACCAGAAAGACUUCACCAAGAGCAAAAAAGACAGGGCAGACAACAAGAAGGUCACGGAUUCUGCCAGCAUCUUACGUGCCCAGAUGAACAUCAACCUCUAG